AUGGAGCUCUAUAUCACCCCAGGUGAGUUGAGGGGAUACUGGAAGUAUCAUACUCCGGGAAAAUGGUUCAAGCAAGCGAAAGCAGUGGAUAAGAUCAACAAUGAGAAGGCCACUUUUCUUUUUGACUCUGGUGCGGAGAUCUCGAUCAUCGACACUACCUUUGCUCGUAAGGAAGGGUGUGUGAUGGACGAGAACCAAACGCAAGAAUGUGUUGGGAUCGGAGAGAGUACUUGUAUGACGGUAGGACGGACCAAGAUCAAGACCACACUGAACGGAUCACUAGUGUAUAAUUUUGAUGUCUGGGUUGGGGAUGAAGUCGGUCAAGAAGCUAUACUAGGCAUAUACUCCAUGUUUCCUGCAGGUAUCUGUUUGGAUUUGGCCAUCGGAACUCUUUGCCUGCCCGAUGAAGUUCGAAUCUGUCUGGCUAAACGAAGACCACCGUAA